AUGAAAAUAUAUGAAUUCGUUAUUGAAAAAUCUUUCGAUCUUGUUCAUCGAGUUCGUAAUCUAAUAAGAACUGCUCCUAAAGAAUUAUCAUCAAAUUAUGAAACAUCAUCGGUUAUUUCGGAAUUGUGUGCUUCACCGCCUAAACGUCUAAUGAAAAUGUUAAGUAAACGACAUGAAGAUUUAUCACAUAUGACAUCUAUAUGUGAUUGUACAAGUUUACAUUUUGCUCAAAAUGAUAAAACAGAUUCAUUCAAUUUAAUCACUGGUUGGGAAGGGUCGGCUAUUUUGAGACAUGGCUCAAUUAUACAAUUUGGUUGUUAUAAAUUCAUUUUUAGUUUAGUCAAUCAUUCUUUGCUUUCUUAUCCAUCAUCAUCAUCAUCAACGUCAUCAUCAACGUCAUCAUCAUCCUCAACUUCAACAUGGAUGACAAUGAAUAAUAGUUCAACACAAUCUCCUCAUGAAUCACCAGUAUUACUUACAGAUUCUUUAUCAGUAGUAACAAAAGAUUUUUUAAAAUUAUCUAAAAAUAACAACUUACUUGUUCAUUAA